AUGCCGGCCCUCGGCCCGGCCCUCCUCCAGGCGCUCUGGGCCGGGUGGGCCCUGGCCCUGCAGCCCCCGGCCCUGGAGGCCUUCGCGCCCAACGGCACGCAGCUGCAGCACCUGGCCCGGGACCCCGCCUCCGGCACCGUCUACCUGGGCGCCACCAACUUCCUGUUCCAGCUGAGCCCGGCGCUGCAGCUGGAGGCCGCUGUGCCCACCGGCCCCGUGCUGGACAGCAGGGACUGCCUGCCGCCCGUGGUGCCCGAGGAGUGCCCGCAGGCCCGGCCUACCGACAACCCCAACCAGCUGCUGCUGGUGGGCCCCGGGGCGCUGGUGGUGUGCGGGAGCGUGCACCAGGGCGUGUGCGAGCAGCGGGGCCUGGGGCAGCUCGGGCGGCUGCUGCUGCGGCCGGAGCGGCCCGGCGACACCCAGUACGUGGCCGCCAACGACCCCGAGGUCAGCACGGUGGGGCUGGUGGCCCGGGGCCCCGCCGGCGAGCCCCUCCUGUUCGUGGGCCGGGGGUACACCAGCCGGGGCGUGGGCGGCGGCAUCCCGCCCAUCACCACUCGCGCCCUGCGGCCGCCGGACCCCCAGGCCGCCUUCUCCUACGAGGAGACGGCCAAGCUGGCCGUGGGCCGCCUGUCCGAGUACAGUCACCACUUCGUGGGUGCCUUCGGGCGCGGGGCCAGCGCCUACUUCCUGUUCCUGCGGCGGGACCUGCAGGCCCAGGCCCGCGCCUUCCGGGCCUACGUGUCCCGCGUGUGCCUGCGGGACCUGCACUACUACUCCUACGUGGAGCUGCCGCUGGCCUGCGGGGCCGGCCGCCACGGGCUGCUGCGGGCCGCCGCGCUGGCCGCGUCCCCCCAGGGGGCCGGGGGGCAGGUGCUCUUCGCCGCCUUCGCCUCAGCCGCGCCCCCCGCCGCCGGCCGGCCCCCCGUGGCCGCGGCCGGGGCGGCGGGCGGCUCUGCCCUCUGCGCCUUCGCCCUGGACGACGUGGACCGGCUGGCCAACCGCACGCGGGACGCCUGCUACACCCGGGAGGGCCGCGCAGAGGACGGGGCCGAGGUGGCCUACAUCGAGUACGACGUCAACUCGGACUGCACGCAGCUGCCCGUGGACACACUGGAUGCUUAUCCCUGUGGCUCGGACCACACGCCCAGCCCCAUGGCCAGCCGUGUCCCCCUGGAAGCCCGGCCGGUGCUGGAGUGGCCGGGGGUCCAGCUCACGGCGGUGGCGGUGACCGUGGAAGACGGCCACACCAUCGCGUUCCUGGGGGACAGUCAGGGGCAGCUGCACAGGGUGCUCCUGGGCCCGGGUGGCGACGGGCACCCGUACUCCACCCAGAGCAUCCAGCCGGGCUCCCCGGUGAGCAGGGACCUCACCUUCGACGGGGCCUCCGAGCACCUGUAUGUCAUGACCCAGAGCACCCUCCUCAGGGUCCCGGUGGCCGCCUGUGCUCAGCACCCGGACUGUGCCUCUUGCCUCGCUCACAGGGACCCGUACUGCGGGUGGUGCGUGCUCCUGGGCAGGUGCAGCCGCCGGGCAGAGUGCUCGCGGGGCCAGGGCCCAGCACCGUGGCUGUGGAGCUUCGGGCCGGAGCCGGGCUGCCUGCAGGUGGCAGCCCUGAGCCCUGCCAGCAUCAGCCGGGAGGAGAGGAGGGAGGUUUUCCUGUCGGUUCCUGACCUGCCCGCCCUGUGGCCGGGGGAGUCCUACUCCUGCCACUUUGGGGGGUACCAGAGCCCGGCCCUGCCCACCCCAUCCGGGGUGAGGUGCUCCUCCCCAGACCCGAGUGGGGCCCCAGCGCUGCCGAGAGGAGCCGACCACGUGUCCGUGAGCCUGGAGCUCAGAUUGGGCGCGGUCCUGAUUGCCAAGGCUGCCCUCUCCUUCUACGACUGCGCGGCCAUCACUGAGCUGCACCCGUCUGCACCGUGCCAGGCCUGCGUGCGCAGCCGCUGGGGGUGUAACUGGUGCGUCUGGCAGCACCUGUGUUCGCACAGGGCCGCGUGUGACUCCGGGCCCGUGGUGGCCAGCCAGCAGAGCCCCCCGCUCUCCCCGGCCCCUCCCACAAAGGAUGCUCCCACCCUCUCCCCCUCCCCCUCCCUAUCUCCCUCCCCCUCCCCCACGACCGCCGUCACCCCUGCCCCUGACACCCAGCCCGUGGAGCCCUCCUCAGCCCCCUCCUCAGCCGCAGCCUCAGAGACCCCACCUGGGACGGGGCCCUCCGUGCUCAGCACCGGGGGGCCGUGGGCGGGCCCCAGCCCCACACCGGCCUCGGCCACCACGGGGUCCCCUCUGCACGAGGGCCCCCUCCCUCCCAGCCCCCCGGACGGACCUGGAACCACCGUCCCCGCUGUCACUGACGCCGAGCCCACGGCCACCCCCACGGACCUGGCGGCCCCCCAGCCAUCGCCCUCCAACGCGGACCCCGCCAGCCCCGGCCCCGGCACCCUCCCCCCCACGGGGCCCCCGGACCAGCCGCCCAGCGCCGCUCCCGCCACCCCCUUCCUAGGGGCGGCCGGCGCCACCGAGCCCGGCCUGGACUGGCUCCCGAGAGAAGGCGGCCCGCGGCCCGAGGCGGACGAGUGGACGGGGGGUGACCCGCCCGCCUUCUCCACUUCCAGCCUCCUCUCAGGCGACGGGGACUCGGCCGAGCUCGAGGGCCCGCCCGCCCCCCUCCUGCUGUCCGGCCUGGACUACCAGCUGGACGGCCCCGGGCCCUGGGAGCUGGACGAGGGGAGCUGGGGGGCCGGUGCCUGCCCCUGCGUGGACAGCGUCCAGGGCUCCGAGCUGCUGCCGGUCCACGUGGAGCGACAGGUUCGGCUGCUGGGCAGGAACCUGCGCCUCCUCCAGGACGGCCCCGGCCACAGCGAGUGUGUGAUGGAGCUCGAGGGCCGAGAGGUGGCGGUGCCGGCCCAGGUGCGGUGCGAGCUGCCUCCGGACACGCGGUGCCACGUCACCUGCCAGCAGCACCAGCUCAGCUACCAGGCUCUGCAGCCAGAGCUCCGGGUGGGGCUGUUUCUGCGCCGAGCCGGCCGCCAGCGCGUGGACAGCGCCAGCGGGCUGCACCUGCUGCUGUACGACUGCUCGGUGGGACGCGGGGACUGCAGCCUCUGCCAGACGGCCGCGCCCCGGUUCGGCUGCGUGUGGUGCCAGGGGCCGCGCCCGCGGUGCGUGGCCCGGGAGGCCUGCAGCGCGGCCGGGGCCGUGGCCACCCAGUGCCCCGCGCCCCGCAUCCACUCGGUGGAGCCGCUGAGCGGGCCGGUGGACGGGGGCACCCGCCUCACCAUCAGGGGCUCCAACCUGGGCCAGCGCGUGCGGGACGUGCAGGACACGGUGCGCGUGGCCGGGCUGCCCUGCGCCGUGGACGCGCGGGAGUACGCCGUGUCCAGCAGCCUGGUGUGUGUGACGGAGGCCAGCGGGGAGGAAGUGACCGGCCCCGUGACCGUGGAAGUCCCCGGAAGAGGACGAGGGGUCUCGGAGCUCGACUUUGCCUACCAGGACCCGAAGGUGCAUUCCCUGUUCCCGGCCCGAGGCCCCAGAGCGGGGGGCACCCGCCUCACGCUGCGCGGCGCCCAGCUGCUGACCGGGCGGCCCGAGGACCUCCGCGUGGUGGUCGGAGAGCGGCCGUGUCCGCUGCUCCCGGGGCCGCAGGCGGGGCAGCUGCGCUGUGAGACCGGCCCGCACCCCGCGCCCGCCGCGCUGCCCGUGGCCGUGUGGUUCGGGGCGGCGGAGCGGAGGCUGCCGCACGGCGGGUUCGAGUACACGCCCGACCCCAACGUCACGGCCGCCGGCCCGGCCCGGAGCUUCCUCAGCGGGGGACGCGAGAUCCGGGUCCGAGGCCAGAACCUGGACGUGGUCCAGACGCCGAGGAUCCGCGUGACGCUGCCGCCGGGCGGGGGCCUGGGGCGCAGGCGCCGCGUGGUCCCCGAGACUCCGUGCCCCCCCGGAGCCCACUGCGGCGGCCACGGCCUUCAGGUGGAGGAGCCCUGCCGGGUGAACAGCUCCCGGCUGGUCACCUGCCCCACGCCCGCCCUGCCGGGGCCGCCGCCGGAGCGCUGGGUGCGGGUGGAGUUCGUCCUGGACAACCUGGUCUUCGACUUCGCCGCGCUGAGCCCCACCCCCUUCUCCUACGAGGCCGACCCCACCCUGCGGCCCCUGCACCCCGAGGACCCCACCGCGCCCUUCCGCCACAAGCCGGGCAGCGUGCUCUCCGUGGAGGGGGAGAAUCUGGACCUGGCCAUGUCCAAGGAGGAGGUGGUGGCCAUGAUCGGGGCGGGCGUGUGCGUGGUGAAGACGCUGACCCGGCACCACCUGUACUGCGAGCCGCCCGCGGAGCAGCCCCCCGCCCUGGGCGCGGCGCCCGACGCACUGCCCGAGUUCACGGUGCAGAUGGGAAACCUGCGGUUCGCGCUGGGCCGGGUGCAGUACGACGGCGAGGGCCCCGCGGCCUUCCCCCUGGCCGCCCGGGUGGGCCUGGGCGUGGGCGCUGCGCUCCUGGCUCUGGGCGUCAGCGUCGUGGUCCUCGUGUACCGGAGGAAGAGCAAGCAGGCCCUGCGGGACUACAAGAAGGUGCAGAUCCAGCUGGAGAACCUGGAGAGCAGCGUGCGGGACCGCUGCAAGAAGGAGUUCACGGACCUCAUGACGGAGAUGACGGACCUCACCAGCGACCUGCUGGGCAGCGGCAUCCCCUUCCUGGACUACCAGGCGUACACAGAGCGCAUCUUCUUCCCCGGGCACCGCGAGUGCCCACUGCGCCGCGACCUGGGCGUGCCCGAGAGCCGGCGCCCCACCGUGGAGCAGGGGCUGGGGCAGCUGUCCAACCUGCUCAACAGCAAGCUCUUCCUCACCAAGUUCAUCCACACGCUGGAGAGCCAGCGCACCUUCUCGGCGCGGGACCGCGCCUACGUGGCCUCGCUGCUCACCGUGGCGCUGCACGGGAAGCUGGAGUACUUCACCGACAUCCUGCGCUCGCUGCUCAGCCACCUGGUGGCCCAGUACGUGGCCAAGAACCCCAAGCUGAUGCUGCGCAGGACGGAGAGCGUGGUGGAGAAGCUGCUCACCAACUGGAUGUCCAUCUGCCUCUACACCUUCGUGCGGGACACGGUGGGGGAGCCCCUGUACAUGCUCUUCCGUGGGAUCAAGCACCAGGUGGACAAGGGGCCGGUGGACAGUGUGACGGGCAAAGCCAAGUACACCCUGAACGACAACCGCCUCCUGCGCGAGGACGUGGAGUACCGGCCCCUGACCUUGAACGCACUGCUGGUGGCGGGGCCGGGGGCGGCAGAGGCCCAGGGCGUGCCGGUGAAGGUGCUGGACUGCGACACCAUCUCCCAGGCCAAGGAGAAGAUGCUGGACCAGCUCUGCAAGGGCCUGCCGCUCGCCCAGAGGCCUGACUCCCGCACCCUGGAUGUCGAGUGGCGGUCCGGGGUGGCCGGGCACCUCGUCCUCUCUGACGAGGACGUGACUUCCGAGGUCCAAGGUCUGUGGAGGCGCCUGAACACCCUGCAGCAUUACAAGGUCCCGGACGGAGCGACGGUGGCCCUGGUCCCCUGCCUCACCAAGCACGCCCUUCGGGAAAACCAGGACUACGUCCCUGGAGAGAGGACCCCGAUGCUGGAGGACGUGGACGAGGGCGGCGUCCGGCCCUGGCACCUGGUCAAGCCCAGCGAGGAGCCGGAGCCGCACCGGCGCCGGAGGGGCAGCCUGCGGGGCGGGGAGCGCGAGCGCGCCAAGGCCAUCCCCGAGAUCUACCUGACGCGCCUGCUGUCCAUGAAGGGCACCCUGCAGACGUUCGUGGACGGCCUGUUCCAGGCGAUGCUCGGCGCCGGCCGGCCCGCCCCGCUGGCCGUCAAGUACUUCUUCGACCUGCUGGACGAGCAGGCGGCGCAGCACGGCAUCGCCGACCAGGACACCGUGCACAUCUGGAAGACCAACAGCCUGCCGCUGAGGUUCUGGAUCAACAUCAUCAAAAACCCGCAGUUUGUGUUCGACGUGCAGACCUCGGACAACAUGGACGCCGUGCUGCUGGUCAUCGCACAGACCUUCAUGGACGCCUGCACCCUGGCCGACCACAAGCUGGGCCGGGACUCGCCCAUCAACAAGCUGCUGUACGCCCGGGACAUCCCGCGCUACAAACAGAUGGUGGAGAGGUACUACGCUGACAUCCGAGAGGCCGUGCCCGCCAGCGACCAGGAGAUGAACUCGCUGCUGGCCGAGCUUUCCCGGAACUGCUCCGGGGACCGGGGGGCGCGCGUGGCCCUGCACGAGCUCUAUAAGUACAUCAACAAGUACUACGACCAGAUCAUCACGGCCCUGGAGGAGGACAGCACGGCGCAGAAGAUGCAGCUGGGCUACCGGCUGCAGCAGGUGGCGGCGGCCGUGGAGAACAAGGUCACGGACCUGUAG